CACGGUUUUCUAUUUUGUUGCUCGGAGGGUUCCAUUUUGUCGACACCGCCAGUUCCACAACCCGGAAGUGAUUUUGCUCAACACCUUUGCACGAAACCCGAACGACACUUUCGUCCUUCCCACAGAUUUGCUGCUGAGCAGUCUGUGAUGUGAUGAAAUGAAGAUAGAUGAGAAGGUGGUUUCUUAUUUGGAAUCAAGCAACUCACCUGUGGACAAAGAAGGCUAUCUCUACAAGAAGGGUGACAUCAGGCCUUCCUAUCACAAGCGUUGGUUUGUUCUGAAGGGGAACCUCCUCUUCUACAAGGACCACCCGGAUGACCGUGACCUCACCGGAGUCAUUGUUCUGGAGGGCUGCACCGUCCAGCUGUGCGAGUCCGAGGAGCAGUUUGCCUUUUCGUUGGUGUGGAGCGAGACGGGCCUGCGCCCGUACAAGUUUGCUGCAGAGGACCAGGCCAGCCAGGAGAGCUGGAUCAAAGCCCUCCUCUCGGCCAACCACGGCUACUUGUCUCUGCUCGUGAUGGACCUGGAGAAGAAGUACAAAGAAACAUUAGCGGCUUUGUUCAGUGACCCAGCCAACGGUGCCGCCGCCGCCGCCCCGAAUGCGGGCCGCAAAUUGAGCCCACACUUGUCCACGUUGACCCGCCAUCCGGCUGAAGUUUUGGCCGCAGGCCCCAGCGCGAGCUCCAUCCCGACACUGCAAACUCCGUCCCUUCCCCUCAAAUCCACCGUGAAGAGAUCGCCCAAACUGUGGCCCAAGAGGACUGCAAACGUGACGCCGAUUAGCGGCCCGCCCCCGCCCGCGGGGGACUGGUCGGCGGUGUGUUUGGGCACCCGGGAGGAAUUCAGCAAAUUGCACGCUGAGUUUGGAAAGGAAGUCAAGGACCUGAUUGCGGAUUGGUCAAGAAUCGGACGAGCGAGCCCAGUGGCCCUCCAGGAAAACUUAAUCGAUUUGAGUAGUUUUGAGUAAAUUGGUCCAUUUUCAAAAUCUCAUUUCAAAAAAAAAUGUGCUUUCAAUGCAGUAUUACCAAUCCAUAACAUGAAAUUUAAAUCAAAAUUUUUUUUUAAAUCAUGUUGUUUGGACACGUCUUUCGGUUGGGGCCGUUUACAAAUACACAAGUUGUUAAAAGGGGACCAGAAGGUCAUAAGAAGUCGUCAAAUUUUUAGACGGAAGCUCAAAUGGUUGCGAAAGAAAAUGGCGGCGUUGGGGUGUGGGGGUGGGCUGAGGAUAGCUAUUUCGGUGUGUCCAGCUGUCUUGUUUUUAUGAUCUUUCUCUCUGUCUCUCUCUUUUCACCUUCACCGUGCUCCAAGUGAGCGGCCUCUCUUGCCGGUGACCUUCAGCCAACGCUUCAGGCGCCGCUGGCGUCAUUUACGGCGCUUAAAACCAAACCGAAUCCAGUUGAACGUGGAGCUAUGCACCCGGCGAAGACAUAUUUUGAGGACAAGUCAGUCUAAGAGGUGGUGUGAGUUCACUUUGGACUUGCCAUACUUGUCUUAGCUGCGCGUUGGUAUGAUUGACGGCUCCCAGUCCAGCUCUUAUAUGGAGCGAAGUGGGUGGACCUCUUUUUGUGCUCUUUGAAAGCGACUAUUUGGGGCACGCCGCCCAAAUUAGUACAAAAGUGCUCGUCAGUGGUUAGGGGCAGGGUGGGGGGUCCUUCCGGCCAUUCUGCAACAUGUAAAAUGCGAUCUCACAUGAAUUUCUCGAAAACAUGAGCUCCAAUUGUGAGAGACGUAUUCCACGCUUGGUGUACGGUACUUGUUGACAUUUCUCAGUGACAUCACUGGUCUCGUCGCGUGCCAUCCCUGGCGCUGGACCAAAGUCUUAUCGGCCAACCGUUUUCAAAUUUCAUGGCUGUUUAUAAAUCCUGCAGGGUUCUACUACUCAUCUGUCUACCCCGCCACAGAUCAACUCUAUCCCAGAGACAGGUGAUGAUACUUGGAAAUGCGGGGCGCAUUAGCCACUUAGGACUUGGUCUCAAUCCACGGCCGCUCAUCUUUUUGUUCCGACGAAAGCUGACCCCGUGUGUGACUUUGCUCAUAUUAGUCCACACAUGUUCUCCAAAGUCCCAGGCUAUGUGCGUUGGCGUUGAAUUCAGCUCAUUCCAAGACUCCCGAUGCCCGUUUUG